CCACACGGCGGGACACGAGACAGCACUGAUCUUCCGAGAGCAACGAGGCUCCAGAAUUCCGCCGAAAAAAAAACACCGACGAGCGAAGCCAAAACAUCCCAAAGCCGCUGUCAUCUGGAUGCUUGAGGAGUAAAGAUAAACUUGUAUCCGCUACCGAUGAUUGACGUUUCUUUUCUGAAGAGUCUGCGCUCCGUCUGAGGAUUUAACAAAGGUGGGAGACGCGACCGCGGUCCCCAAAAACAAGGGGGAGGUAUGAUCUUUAAGAUAAGCCUAUUUGGGGUCAUGCAACGGCUAUAAAUGCACAUUGAUGAGCAGAGGGAGACAGGCUGGCGAAGGCGAAAGAAGUGGCUGUUUUGAGGGGAGCAGUAGAGGAUCGUGUGCUGGAGAUGUCUCUGUGGAUGAUCUUACCCGUCAGCCUCCCAGCUCUCACCAUCACUGGAAUAUGGGUCGUGUAUGCUAUGGCCUUAUAUAACCAGCAUGUCUGUCCUGUGGACAACUGGAUGUAUAACCAGUCAUGUGAGGAGGAUCUGGUAAUGCAGAGAGGACCAACCUUGUGCUGUACUCUGGACAACGUCCCUCUCAUAAGUAAAUGCGGGACACUGCCUCCAGAGAGCUGCUUCUUCAGUCUCAUCUGCAGCACCGGAUCCUUUAUGGUGAUGGUGAUUGUGUUGCUGCGCUAUGCCCAUGUGAUAGAGAAACACCAGAACUGUGUGUUGAACACAGCAAGUCUCUCCACCGGCUGGAUCUGUGCUGCUGGACUCAUUAUGGUCGGCAAUUUCCAGAGCAAAGAGCUGCCAUGAUCUGACAGGCGGGAGAGGCGGGAAUGAGCACGUGUCCUGAACGCCACAUCUGCACCUCAUCAGCAGUCCUGCCUGCCCUUCUGGAGCAGUGCCAUCCCACCGCUGCAGUGUAGGAUGACGAGGACGCAGGCAGACUCCCAUUAUUAGCAUCAGGAAAAGGGGAAGUCACAUUAUGUAACUGUGGAUACAGUGUUUCAGUAUAGCAGAUUUGAUUAAACCUGAUAGUCCUGAUGAUCUUGGAAUAUAAGUUUUGGAAAUAAGUGGCUCCGCAGACUAGAUUUAAAGAACAAAACCUCCUGGAUUGUGUCCUGUUUAUAGAAACAGGUGUGUGGCUGCUCUGUUCCAGUAAACCUGUCUGAGCCUGCUGAAAGAGUUUCCUUAAAAAUGAAAGCACUAGAUAUUGAAAUGAGUUUAGUUUUCCUGAAAAUGCUUCAAAGUGGUUUGGAUUUAUUUUGAUCUUUAGUAUUUUUAAAUAUUGCAGAACCUAAAGAUGCUAGUAAUAAUUACCAACAAGACUUUCGAUUAUUACAAAUAAACACCUGAUAUCCCUCUCGUG